AUGGUAACGCGCCGAAAAGGCCAACGGACUUACACGUCGACAGCUAAUACGAAUAAAAAUUUCAAAAUGUUUAAACAAGAAAUCGAAAUAUAUUUUAAAGCGACAGAAACGAAUAAGAAAGACUCAGAUGUACAAGUGGCUUGCUUAUUAAAUUUGAUGGGUCAUGAUGGCUUAAAAUUAUACAAUACAAUAAAGAAGGUUGGAGAAGAAUCAGUAGGAACAAUAUUAAAAUCACUGGAAGAAUACUGCAUUCCUAAAACCAAUGAAACUAUAGAACAUUUUAAUUUCUUUAACAAAAAACAACAUGAUGGUGAACAGUUUGAUGUAUGCUACACGGAUCUGAAAAAAUUAAUCAAAGGAUGUAAUUUUGGAGAAGCUGAGAACAAAAUAUUAAGAACGCAGAUAGUGUUGGGAAUAUUUGAUAAAGAAACCCAAACCAGAUUGCUAAGAAAUGAUGUUGCGUUGAACAAAGUAGUAUCAUAUUGCCAAUCAGUGGAACGUGCAGAGUCAAACAGAAGGAUGUUGAUCACGGGACAUGAAUCAGACAAAACUGUGCAUGAAGUAGUAAACAAAUAUAGGACCAAGGAGCAGAAUCAGAACAAAUCUUGGAAAAAGGACGAGUCAAAUCAAAAUCAGUAUAAUAGCAGUCAAACAAAUCAGUUAAAUUAUCGUCAAAUGAGUAAGAAACGUAAUAGUUUUAAUAAUAUGAUUAAUUGUAAUAGAUGUGGGUCAAAUCAUGUAUAUAAAAACUGUCCAGCAUAUGGGAAAUGUUGUAAAAAUUGUAAUGGGUAUCAUAAUUUUGCUAAAGUGUGUAAAAAGAAAAAACAGUAUGAUAACAAGUAUGAAAUGAAAAAAGCGCAAGAAAUAAAGAUUGAAAAUAGAGAAGAGCAUGACACGUUUACAGUAGAAUCAGUUCAUAAGUUGUGGUCUAUAAAAAAUGAAUGGUGUAAAACAUUUGAAAUAAAUGGUAAGAAAAUUAAUUUCAAGUUAGACAGUGGAGCUGAGAUAAACACAUUGUCAGAGGAAGAUUGUAAUUAUUUAGGUAUACAGUAG